UCGGAGAUUCCGCUCUCGCCUUUUUUUCUAGCCUUGCCAACCUCUCCCGGUUGAACAAUUAGGCUCAGCAUAGCAUUUCAUAGCAUUUGAAAAGCUAGUGACCGCGUGGCUGCACGAUGCGGGCAACACCAUGCCUCUCCAGGGGCUUUUUGGGCCGAAGCAUCGAUGAGCUCAAGAGGCUUUCAAAUAUUGCGCUUAAACUCGAGGGCAUUAAGGGCCCAUCCGGUCCCUACGAAUUGCACUCCUUCCGAUCCCCGCAGUCACUCGACACCUGCAAAGUACUGUCAGAUGUUGACAUUGGCGGCUUUUCGACGGCGAACCUCGACUGGAUCCCCUCACAGUCUUCUUCAGAUCGUGUACCUCCGUCCCAAUCAGCGACUGGCUAUGCCCGGUUCCACGGGACAAUCUCUACCCAGCUACCAAAAGACCGGCCAGACAUCAAGCGAUCGGGGUAUGCGGCGUGGAGAACACAAGACCAACAGUCGACAUUGUUUGGCAGGAGUUUAUGGAACAUCGACCCAUAUGCCUAUCUCGCGUUACGCGUAAAGUCCGACGGCAGGAGCUACUUGGUGAAUGUCCAGACAGAAUCUGUCGUACCCACAGACUUGCACCAGCAUCGGCUCUUCAGCAAGCGCCCCGGAGAAUGGGAGACCAUCCUAAUCAAAUGGAACGAUUUCGUCAGGACCAAUCACGGUUUCGUCGUCGAGCCACAGACAGAGAUACUACGACAGAAAGUCCGCACAAUAGGCGUGGGCCUCACCGACAGAGUGCCUGGUCCAUAUGAAUUGUGUAUUGAGAGGAUAUGGGCAACGAAUGAUCUAGGCGAAGCCAGCGGCGUUGAUGAAUUUGUGUUCAGGGAAGGGGAGUUGAAGAACAAGCAAGGCCAGAAGAUCACGUGGGGCGAUAAGUGA